AUGGGUGAUGAGUAUAUUCCCAGCGAUUGUGGAGGCUCUCCAUACCGAGCUAUCGACCGAUCACAGCUCGGCCGUGAGAAUGAUUUGGCAUCGCCCGAGCCAUAUGAGAGUCAAGCGGUCGCGGACUUCAUCGAGAGUUAUCGAAACUCAGUCCAUCUUGCCAGGGAGAAGAACAGGCAACCCGCUACCGUCAGUAGGGAAAGAAUCAGAGAAGAAGAGCUGUAUGAACUCGCGAAACUCAUCGAUUCUCACACUUGGAGCCAAGCUCAAGAAGAUGAGCUGGUUGUCUCUUGGAAGAGUGGUUUAGUCAACGCUGCAAUAAUUCGCUUGCCCGAUCGCGGUACUUAUCUUUCCUCCGUCUUCGAGAUCUCCUUUCAUCUCUGCAACAUGGACCCUCUCUCCCUCAUAUCAAUGUAUCACGAGUUUGAGUUCGACAAUAGCGGUAGCGAUAGCUUUAUGCAUGGUGGACAAAUGAAGCGCAACCCGUUGUGGACGGAGACAAAUGGGUAUCGAUUUCUCCCCAUCGUUAUCAGAUGGGCGGUCAUCUGUCGGGCAGAUGACGGCGAAGGGUUCUCUACGGAAGAGGCCCGUAUCUUGAGCCACCUCGGCUGUGGCAACCUGGACCAGUUCUCAGGUUCUCCAGUACUAGGGCGCUUUCGCGUCCAUCAAGAACAAUUUAAGACUUCCGGUAUCCCUAUUACACGUUACGCCAAGCUUCUCUUGUUGAUAGCUGAUCUAGUUGGCAUGCGCGCAGUACCAACAUUAGCUGACAUUAUACCGGUCAGGACUGGAGACUUGAGUGUCGUGAUCAGUGCUUUGGACAGUUUGGAUGAUUAUGGGCUGAAAAAUUCCUGCGAUUUCCAUCAUCUAAAAUACUGUGCCAGUCAGACCUCGACAAUCCACGCCUCAGGACUGGAUGAGCUAUUGGAGGCAUACAAAGGGGCUUGGAUGAAGCUUCAGAGGAGGCUCUGCAAUGCUGCAGUAAAUCAGCCUCCCAUACAAGGCGAUAAGCUCUAUCACCAGGCUGCUAGACAAGGAGUCCCAGCCGAUACCAAUUUUCCCCCCAAAGCUGCGAUCUGGAGUGGCUUUUCUGGCAAUGUUCAGCCAGCUGAACACUUUAAAAGGGAGAACAGUCCUCUCCGUCCGCCAUUUGGCUCCAAUGCUGAUGACUCGACCGGGACUAUAGUCGAUCACAGGGAUGGGUUUAAUCCAUUCCAGGCGUUUCUCACGAACCAGCCCAGCAGGGCCCAGUCGAACCUGCGAAGCCCCUUCAUCGCACAACUUGAUCCAAGUCCUUCGCAAGAAUCACGCAUGGGUGGUUCUGAAAACGGAGAGACCACAGCGAUUGAGUCCUCUGACGAAGACAUGAUGGAGGACCAGCCGGAACAGGUUCGCAGCGGUCCUAAAGCUGCAGGCGGUCGUCCAAGAAAGCGCAAAGGGAAAAAGAAUGGCUCACGAGACAGGGUCCAGGGGAGACAGUUCCAGACCAAGAAGCAGAAAAAGCACCGUCCUGGGCACGGUGGUCAAACUAAUUCAUCUGCAUCGCAAAGACAGGGUGGAAGUCAAGGAGGAGCUUGGAAUGUUGUAGGGAAUCAGAAACAGCCUGAUUCACCGUUCAAUCCUCCAGCUGGACCCAAGGCAUGGAGAGAACAGCAAGGGGGGCACGGCACAUUUUGAUAGAUGAUAGUUUUAGUUAUGAAAGAAAUGCUGCUAUAGCUGCCACAUAACUGGCUUCAUAAACACAACUUCGAGCGCCUAUAGAAGAAAAUGGUAAG